UAAAUCUGUUAUCUUUCUGUCCUUUUCUUUUCUGGGUUUUCUUUGAAAUGUUGAAUUUUUUAUGUUGGUAUUAUAAAGAAAGAUAAUGUCUUUUAGAGUCUAGAUCUCAUAUCAUUUUCUGAUGCAAUUCUUUUCAUUGCGUUUACUUUGAUUUUUAUUGAAAUUAUUUGAAAUUUACAAAAUCUGUGCUUAUAUUUCUUUAUUCCCGUCAUUCUUUUCCCCUUCUUGUCGUUUUGAUCUUCAAUUUUGGACUACCUUGGUAGUUUUAAGGUCUGAGCAAGUUUAGAUCUUCAUGGUAGGAACUGUAGCAUAUUCAAAGUCUAUUUCUUUUUGGCAUUGAUUAAAGAAGAGAGUUUCUUCAUGAAUAAAUUUGAUGAUUUUGAAGAUGUGGUCUGUUAAUAUGAAAUCAUAUGGCAUGAAUCACAUAUCAAGAAAGAAGAGGAAACAUUUCGGUCUUUCCUUAUCUAUCUCCUCUGUGAUUUUACUUCCAUAAUUCCCAAGUGAUCUUAAAAAUGGGUCUCUCAAGUCUUCCAGCUCCAUCUGAAGGAGUGCUUUGCGUGCUUUUGGUGAACACUGCCUUGUCAAUCUCCAUUUUCAAGGGGAUAGUCAGAUCAAUUCUCCACAUUGUUGGAAUCCGUUUAUCAUCCUCAUCAUCUUCAACCGCAUCAUCAGAUUAUAAUGAAGACCCUACAGACUUAUUUGAAUUUCGUUUGCCCCCAUCCGAGAGUUACAUUAAUGAGUUCCGGAGCAGGACUCCUGCAACCCGAUUUGAUUCGGUGUGUAGGUGUAAGCAGAUUGAACAUGACUGCUCGGUUUGCUUGACUAGGUUCGAGCCAGAAUCAGAGAUAAACUGCUUGUCUUGUGGCCACCUUUUCCACAAGGUGUGCUUGGAGAAGUGGUUGGAUUAUUGGAAUGUCACCUGUCCUCUUUGCAGGUCUCCUGUGAUACCUUCUGAAGAGGAUACAUCUUCAUGCUUUUGGUGAGCAUGCACUGAAGUCUACUCCUCUCAGAAGAUGUUCAUGUACAGUGUGUAGUGUACAGGUACUCGAGUUUGAUUGUAUUAGCCAGGGUACGGUGUUGUAUACAUGUGUUGUGCAAGAGAUUGUGCAUAAUAUAAUGUAUUCACGGGUCUUUGAGAUCAAAAAUCUUAUUGUACAUAAUUGCAAGAUCUUUGAUGUUCUAUGCAACCAUCUCACUUUGGUCUCAUAUUCCUUCCUGUUUAAAUCGUGGAGAAUUGAGUUUCUUGUUUACUGUUUUAUUGUGAUUAAAUAUACUGAAUCCUUGAACUGGUUA